UGGAGGAGUAACCUGUCAGAACUCAGAGCCCAGAAGGCAGAAGCUGAUGAAAGUAACGCAGGAAAGCCCUAGCUCCCCAAUAAUGGCGUCAGGUACAGGUACCACCACCAAUUGUGAGUUCGCUAACAUCGUCUCACCUUUUUCUCAGGGAUUCCCUGAACCAGAAGGCUCUUCCAUUCCCAAGAAGCAUCGACUUUCUCCUCGUUCAUCCUCAUCCCUCACUUCUCCUUCCUCUUCUCGCCACCACCACAUGGCUAAUCAUGGCGAUAGAGCUUCUCCACCGUCGCCGAUCCUUCCUCCCGAGCUCAUCGAGAAUAUUCUCUCCAGGCUCCCUGUCAAGUUGCUCCUGCAACUCAGGUGUGUAUGCAAGUCUUGGAAUUCCUUGAUCUCCGAUCCCCGAUUUGCUAAACUGCACCUCCGUGUUUCAAUUACGGACCGUAAGUUCACUCACCAUAACAUCGUGUUCUGCGUCCCGGGACCUAGUCGUACUGUUACAUCUUGCCCUGUUUCAUCCACACGCGAGCGCAAACGCACGAACGCCGUGAAACUGAAAUACCCUUUGAAGAGACAAAAUCCAUAUGAUUUCAUUGUGGGUUCUUGCAACGGCUUGCUUUGUUUCGCUAUUCGACCCAGCCAUGUCCUUGUCUGGAACCCGUCUAUUAGAAAAUGCAAGAAAUCUCCUUGUUUAGAUUAUCAAAAACGGGACGGGAGUUAUAUAAUAUAUGGGUUUGGUUGUGAUCAAUCUAUUGAUAAAUACAAGGUGGUCGCAAUUUUCUGCUAUAAUAGUGAUGGUAGAGGUGAUUAUAAAACAGAAGUCAGCGUUUAUACAUUGGGUGAUGAUUCUUGGAGGAUGAUUCAGGAGUUCCCUUUAGGUAUCCCGUAUGAUGAAAUGGGAAAAUUUGUGAGCGGAACACUUAAUUGGGUGGCAGAUAGUCAUUCACGUUCUUCUCUGGUUGUUAUUUCUCUUGAUUUAGAGAAGGAGUCAUAUGUAGAACUUCCACAGCCUGAUCAUGGAGACGGUAUGCUUACAUUGACCUUGGGAGUAUUGGGAGACUGCUUGGCCAUCCUUUAUAACUAUGGCACGCGCUCAGAUGUGUGGAUCAUGAAGGAUUUUGGUGUUAAAGAGUCUUGGACUAAACUGUUCAACAUUCCGUCCCCGGAAAAUCCUGUCCUUCUAUGUCCGAAGGAUCGCUGUAUUUCGGAGAGUAGUGAAAUACUGUUGCAGGACAGGUGGCUCUUAAAUUGGUAUAACCCUAGAUCUUCCUCAUUUGUAAGUCCUGAGAUUCAAUGCAAUAGAGGUUGGAUUGAGGCACAGAUCUAUGUUGAGAGUCUGAUCUCGCCUUGCUUGUAAAGAUCGGAUUUAGAUGCAAGGCCAAGUUACCUGGUGCAUGAGCUUCUUGAAGGAUUCUCUGAGCUGAAUAUUGUUGAGUUCAUGGAUCAUCUUUGAUGGAUCUGUAGCGAGAGAAAUUUAAUGUUUCAUCUCAAUUGUGAGAAGAUAUUCUCCAUGGAAUCGGUGCUAAAGUUGAUCGCGGCUCUCAGAUGUUUAGGUUCAAUUUAUAGUUCACAGUAAUGCGCCGCCUUGUAUUGUUAUCAGGUGCUGUCCUGCAAUAAUAGUUGCUGUACCAACCCAAUCCCUUAAAAGACUGUGCUGACUGAUGUACAAAUGUUUUGACGCCGCUUUAUGCUGCUAAUGCUUGUUCUAAAUAUACAUUUGGCAUGUAUGGCAGGAGUAAAAUCGAGGGCCGAAGAUGAUUAUAUGGAAGGUAAUACUAGGUAUGGCACUUCAUUAGCGUAAUUUGCUGUCAUUCAGUUCUUUGAUUGUUGUUAAAAGUAGAAAGGGAUGGGACUAUGGUUCAGGAGGAAGAGCUGACGGAUGAAAAAGGGUGCAAGUGUUCCCAAUUUUUUGCUUUUUAUGGUUUUGGUAUUUGUGUUUCAAGAUGCCAGUAAACCUGGUGAACUGAUGUAACUUGUAAUAAUAAGAUGAAGAAUUGAUUCCCCUCCA